UCAUUGAGACUACACACGACAUCUCUAUCUCAACUCUGACAUAUCUCGUGCCAAUGUCGGACGAAACGAAAGCGAUGACGUAUAUAUAUAUGGAUCUUCCAUGCUUCUUCCCAUCUGCCUUGUCUGCUUGCCCGACAAGAUUCCUCUUGACUAUAUCUAUUUCUCCAACUCAAUCACAACAGUUCAAUUCUGACUUUUAUAGUUCACGGAGAAACCCAAGGUCGCCAAUCGUCAUUCUCUCCACCUUAAUUACUUUCAGGCUUCAGCUCAGAAUGAGUGGCAAAGCAGAGCUGGUGUUUAUCCCCGGCCCGGGCGUGGGCCAUCUCUUGUCUGCAGUGGAGAUGGCUAAGCUCCUCGUCGGCCGGGAUGAAGGGCUCUCGGUGACGGUGCUCGUGAUGAAGCUAACCGAUAGCUCUGACAUGAACUCCAUCGCCGACUCUGUAUCAGCUUCCUCUUCCACUGGGCGCAUCCGGUUUAUCGAGCUGCCUCGGGCAGAGUUGCAGAACGGCUCUCCGAGUCUAGUUAGUUUCCUUAAUGCUGUUGAAGCCUACAAAUCCCAUGUUCGAGACGUAGUUCGUGGACUGGCUGACAGCGGUUCAGGAUCUGCCUCACCACGGCUCGCCGGUUUCGUAGUUGAUAUGUUCUGUGCGCCGAUGAUAGAUGUGGCUAAUGAGUUUAGCGUCCCUAGCUAUCUCUUCUUCACGUCUAGUGCCACCUUUCUCGGCGCCAUGCUCCAUCUCCAAGCCUUACAGGACGACUGCCAGCAGGACAUAGGUGCGUUGGUCGACUCCGAAGCGACCGUAGAUUACCCAGGCUUGGCGAAUCCGCUCAACAUCAAGCUCUAUAUGCCCUCUGAGUUGCGGAAGAAAGAUAUCUCCUCUUUGUUCCUCGGCUUGGCGAAGAGGUUCAGGGAGACCAAGGGUAUUGUGGUGAAUACGUUUGAGGAGCUCGAGCAGCGCGCAGUAGAGGCCGUAUUCGAUGAUAAGCUCCCACUGUUGUAUCCGGUUGGUCCCAUACUGACCCUGAAGGGUGGCAGUGACGACAAGUUGGGGUCAGGCGACAUAGUCAAGUGGCUCGAUGAUCAACCACCGGAGUCAGUGUUGUUCUUGUGCUUCGGGAGCAUGGGAAGCUUCCGCGAGGACCAGGUGAGGCAGAUCGCCCACGCGCUAGAGCGGAGUGUCCACCGGUUCCUGUGGUCCUUGCGCCGGCCCCCUCCAGGGGGCAAGUUUGAUGUCCCGCAGAGUUACGAUGACCCCAACGAGGUCCUUCCGGAAGGGUUCCUAGAGCGGACAGCAGGGCAAGGCAAGGUGAUCGGGUGGGCCCCACAGGUCGAAGUGCUGGCCCACCCAGCGGUCGGAGGAUUCGUGUCGCACUGCGGGUGGAACUCCACCCUGGAGAGCAUAUGGUUCGGGGUGCCAGUGGCUGCCUGGCCCAUGUAUGCAGAGCAGCACUUCAACGCGUACGCGCUGGUGGAGGAGCUGGGCGUGGCGGUCGAGAUCCGAAUGGACUACAGGAAGGGUGACGAGGUAACCGUCACGGCGGAGGAGAUAGAGAGGGGGAUAAGGCGGCUGAUGGAGACUGAAAGGGAAGAUAAGAAGGAGAAAGUGAGGCUGAUGAGCGAGAAGAGUCGGAGGGCGUUAAUGGAAGGGGGUUCAUCUCACUCGAACCUGGGACGGUUCAUUAAGGAUGUUUAUAACAAUAUCCCGUGAAUAAUUAUCGCAUAUAUAUUUGCCAAGCUCGAACUUAUACCGUACCUUUUUUUUUUUUUCAAUCCAAUGGUGACAGGGACUUAAAGUGCGUAGAUUAAUUUUCCUAACGAAAUAUAUAUAUAUAUAUAUAUGGAAGUUGGGUGCAUUCGAAUUAAUUUUCUCCAAUAAUCGAGCUUCGCUACCGUAAUUACUUCGGUUCACUUAA